AGUGUUGGCAGCAGCAGACCAGCAGUGGAAGUUAGAAAGAAAACAAGACUUCUAUCUCUUCCUUUCCACACGGCGACUCGAUGAGCCAGCCACUGGUACUGCCGCCACCACCACCAUGAACGCCGUCAUCAAAUGCUCCUCUCCCUCUCCCUCUCGUCGUCGUCGCCUCAUCUCUAUAAACCGCCGAUCCAAUCCUCUCAUUCACCAAAGACCAAACACACAUUCAUUGCUCACCACAGCAAGCUAAAAAUCGCCAUCUACUUACUAAAUCAGGCAAGUGUUGCCAUUAUUAUUGUUUCAAAUUAGCAAGGUAGCUUCUUCUUCGAGCAUCGGAGGCCGGCGGUGAUGGCAGCGGCGGCGGCGAAGCCACCAAGACACCUGAGCCGGGAGGCGACGGAGGUGUCCGUGGAGGCGGGGAGCCGCGGCUGGACGACGACGGGCGGCCGCGGCGAACGGGCACCAUGUGGACGGCGAGCGCGCACAUCAUCACGGCGGUGAUCGGCGCCGGCGUGCUGUCGCUGGCGUGGGUGAUGGCGCAGCUGGGCUGGGGCCCGGGGCUCGUCGCCAUGGUGGUCUUCGCCGCCAUCAGCUACUACACCUCCACGCUGCUCGCCGAGUGCUACCGCUCCGGGGACCCCGUCGCCGGCAAGCGCAACUACACCUACACGGAGGCCGUCCGCGCCAUCCUCGGCGGCGCCCAGGUCAAGCUCUGCGGCGUCAUCCAGUACGCCAACCUCGUCGGCAUCGCCAUCGGAUACACCAUCGCCGCCUCCAUCAGCAUGCUGGCGAUCAAGAGGGCGGAUUGCUUCCACGACAAAGGGCACAGGAACCCGUGCCGGAGCUCGAGCAACCCCUACAUGAUCCUCUUCGGCGCCGUCGAGAUCGUCUUUUCGCAGAUCCCGGACUUCGACCAGAUAUGGUGGCUCUCGAUCGUCGCCGCCGCCAUGUCCUUUACCUACGCCACCAUCGGCUUCGCGCUCGGGAUCGCGCAGACCGUCGCCAACGGGGGGUUCCGGGGCAGCCUCACCGGCGUCAGCGUCGUCGCCGGGGUGUCGCCGCUGCAGAAGGUCUGGCGCAGCCUGCAGGCCUUCGGCGACAUCUCCUUCGCCUACUCCUACGCCUACAUCCUCAUCGAGAUCCAGGACACGAUCCGGGCGCCGCCGCCGUCGGAGGCGGCGGUGAUGAAGCGCGCGACGAUGGUGAGCGUGGCGACGACCACCUUCUUCUACAUGAUGUGCGGGUGCAUGGGGUACGCGGCGUUCGGCGACGGCGCCCCCGACAACCUCCUCACGGGGUUCGGCUUCUACGAGCCCUUCUGGCUCCUCGACGUCGCCAACGCCGCCAUCGUCGUGCACCUCGUCGGCGCUUACCAGGUCUUCGUCCAGCCGCUCUUCGCCUUCGUCGAGGCGCGCGCGGCGGCCCGGUGGCCUGGCAGCCGGUUCCUGUCCCGGGAGGUGAGGGUCGGGCCGUUCGUCCUCGGCGUGUUCCGGCUCACCUGGCGCACGGCGUUCGUGUGCCUCACCACCGUCGCCGCCAUGCUGCUCCCCUUCUUCGGCGACGUGGUGGGCUUGCUCGGCGCCAUCUCCUUCUGGCCGCUCACUGUCUACUUCCCCGUCGAGAUGUACAUCGCGCGGCGCGGCGUGCGCAGGUGGAGCACGCGGUGGGUCUGCCUCCAGACGCUCAGCGCCGCGUGCUUCCUCGUGUCCGUCGCCGGCGCCAUCGGCUCGACGGCCGGCGUCGUGAGCGCGGUCAAGCUGCACCGGCCGUUCAGCGGCUACUAGCUAUGACUUGCUAGAGCAUGCUUCGCUCCAUCCGUUGCAAUCACAAGCUAGAUAGCACUUUUUAUGCAAUUUUCUCCCCUUAGAGCAACUCCAAGAGACUAGUUAAAAAGAGAAGUGCAAACCUCGUCCAAACCUACUAAAAAAUAUUUCAAAAAAUUCUGAGAAAAAUCAUGAAUGUGCUUCUCAGCUUACCUCAUCUAUAUAUAUAAUUUCAUGGUCAAAUUCAUCUUACCCUAGAAGUUACAAAAAAGACAAAUUUUCUGACAAACAGUAAUAGUUCAAAUGCACCGCAAAUUUGUCUUUUUUUUUUAACUUCUAGGGUAAGAUGAAUUUGACCAUGAAAUUUUAUAUAUGGAUGAGGUAAGCUGAGAAGCACAUUCAUGAUUUUUUCAGAAUUUUUUGAAAUAUUUUUUAGUAGAUUUGCACGGAGUUUGCACCAAAACUUGGUUUGCACUAGAUACGUUUCUCUAUAUUUCGAUUUAACUAGUCAAAUAGCUAAGAGCAUCUGCAAGAGCUCUUGUAUCUUGGUGAGUUAGCUAAAAAAAGAAAAGGGAGACAAAAAAACCCAUCCAACAGAAAGGCUAUCUACCUCGUCUUCUAUC